ACUUCCUCGCUAUUGGCUCGAGAGCGUUUGUUAUUGGUAGUGACGUAUGAGAAUCCGUUCUCACCCACGACCCUCCCGUCGCGCGGUGCGCUUCUAGAGCCACGGUCCUCGCUUCAGUGUUUAUUUGGUUGUCAUGGCGGAGGGACGUGGAGAACUAUUGCCCCAGCCGCCGCUUCACCUCUCCUUACCCCCGGCUAGCAAGCGUCCGUGUUUGCGUCCCGCUCCUCGAGGACCCGGUCCGGGGCCUGGACCGGGAUUUCCGAACUCUCGCUUUCGCUGCCCGGAAUCUCUACUGGACUGCGCUGCUAAGGCCGUAGCGGAGAAAUGGGCCUUUGAGAGGGUGGAGGAGCGCUUCGAACGGAUUCCCGAGCCCGUUCAACGUCGUAUCGUUUAUUGGUCUUUCCCGAGGAACGAAAGGGAAAUAUGUAUGUAUUCGUCGUUUCAGUGCCGAGUGGCAGGCGAAGAGGGUCCCGUAGUUGGCUCGAGCUCGUCCGUUGGACCCAGUUCGGUCCCCGGAGGGGUUACGAACACCACCGGCAGCGCUGGGACUGGGGGUACCGGAGAUGGACUGCCUUUCCGCCGGGGAAUCCGGCUUUUGGAAACCGGUUGUGUGGACAAUGUCUUACAAGUCGGUUUUCACCUCAGUGGCACAGUCACGGAGCCAGCCACGCAAUCCGAGCCGGAGACGACGCACAAAGUGGCCAUCAGCUUCGACCGAUGUAAAAUCACCUCAGUGACAUGCGGCUGUGGCAACCGUGACAUCUUCUAUUGCGCACACGUGGUGGCGCUGUCCUUAUACCGCAUCCGCAAACCCGAGCAAGUCAAGCUGCGGCUGCCCAUCUCAGAGACACUCUUCCAGAUGAACAGAGACCAGCUGCAGAAGCUGGUACAGUAUCUUAUCACGGCCCACCAUACGGAAGUGCUGCCCACCGCUCAAAAACUGGCUGACGAAAUCUUGUCCUCCAACUCUGAGAUCAAUCAAGUACAUGGGGCCCCGGAUCCCACAGCAGGUGCCAGUAUUGAUGAUGAGAACUGCUGGCACCUGGAUGAAGAGCAAGUGAGGGAACAAGUCAAACAGUUUCUCUCUCAGGGAGGAUACUAUGGCUCAGGCAAGCAGCUAAACUCCAUGUUUGCCAAGGUGAGGGAGAUGCUGCGGAUGCGGGAUUCAAACGGUGCACGGAUGCUCACACUUAUCACAGAGCAGUUCAUGGCUGACCCACGCCUGUCGCUAUGGCGACAACAGGGCACAGGCAUGACCGAUAAAUGCCGACAACUCUGGGAUGAGCUAGGUGCGCUCUGGGUGUGUAUUGUGCUAAACCCACACUGUAAGAGCGAAGAGAAGAGCGCCUGGCUGAGACAGCUGAAGAAGUGGGGAGACAUGGACAUCUGCCCUCUAGAGGAUGGCAAUUACGGCAGCGAGCUGCCCAACAUCACCAAUGCCCUGCCACAGAGCAACCUGGCUCAGGACUCAAUGGCCCGGCCUAGAAGAACGGUGUUCACAAGAGCCAUGGAAGCUUGCGACCUGCACUGGCAGGAUAGUCAUUUGCAACGAAUCAUCAGCAGUGACUUCUAUAUGUCCACAGCCUACCAGAGAGAGGGAGAGAGCCUCCUUUUUAACCCCCAGGGCCUGCCACUGUGGCUGGAUCAUGUGCCUACAGCAUGCGCCAGGGUGGAUGCUCUGCGUUCCCAUGGUUACCCCCGAGAAGCCUUGCGAUUGGCUGUUGCCAUUAUCAAUACCCUGCGGCUCCAACAGCAACGACAAUUAGACAUUUACAAACAUCAAAAGAAAGAGCUGCUACAGAGAGGAAUGACCAACACCACCAAUCUAGAGGGAUGGGUAGGCCAUCCCCUCGACCCGGUUGGCUGCCUUUUCGCCACCCUCACGGAGACGUGUCGAGUGGAGGAUGACAAUACCAUGGAUACCGGAGAUUCAGGUGAGCCCAAGCCUCCCGUCUACCAGCAUGUGCCGGUAUGGGGAUGUCAAGACGGAGGAGAGUCGUACCUGGCGCUGGCGCUAGAGGUUGCGCUGAUGGGCAUGGGACAGCAGCGGCUAAUGCCCGAGGGCCUGUACGCUCAGGAUAAAGUGUGCCGCAAUGAGGAGCAGAUUGUGGCCAAGCUUCAGGAGAUGGAGCUGGAUGACGUAUUAGUGCAGACACUCCGCAAGCAAGCUGUUCUACUAUUAGAAGGUGGUCCCUUCAGUGGUCUUGGUGAGGUCAUCCACAGAGAGAGUGUUCCCAUGCACACGUUCGCUAAGUACCUGUUCACCGCUCUGCUGCCGCACGACACAGACCUGGCGUACAAACUGGCCCUCCGAGCAAUGAGGCUUCCAGUGCUGGAGUCCACCGCUCCAUCAGGUGACGUAGGGCACAAUCACCAUGGCAUCUCCAUAGUGCCCAGCAGAUACCCACGCUGGUUCACACUGGGCCAUCUGGAAUCUCAGCAAUGCGAAUUGGCCUCCACCAUGCUUACUGCUGCUAAGGGUGACAUGUUGAGAUUGCGGACUGUUUUGGAGGCCAUUCAGAAGCACAUUCACUCCUCAUCCCUAAUCUUUAAACUGGCCCAGGACGCCUUCAAGAUUGCGACUCCCGCAGAUAACCCUCCCGACAUCACGUUGCUCAAUGUAGCGAUGGAGCUCGGCCUUCAGGUUAUGAGGAUGACUCUUUCUACGCUCAACUGGAGGCGAAGAGAGAUGGUUCGCUGGUUAGUCACGUGUGCUACUGAAGUCGGACUUCGAGCAUUGGUCAGCAUUUUACAGAGCUGGUACACUCUGUUCACCCCCACCGAAGCCACCAGUAUAGUGGCGGCCACCGUGAUGUCCCACAACACCAUCCUGCGUCUGAGCCUCGACUACCCGCAGCGAGAAGAGCUCGCCAGCUGUGCACGCACUCUGGCCCUGCAGUGUGCCAUGAAGGACCCCCAAAAUUGCGCCCUGUCCGCCCUCACCCUCUGCGAAAAGGACCACAUCGCCUUCGAGACGGCUUAUCAGAUAGUCAUCGAUGCCGCCUCCACGGGCAUGACCUACUCUCAGCUCUUCACCAUCGCCCGCUACAUGGAGCACCGCGGGUACCCGCUUCGAGCUUUCAAAUUGGCGUCCCUCGCCAUGACCCACUUAAACCUGGCCUACAACCAAGACACGCACCCGGCCAUCAAUGACGUGCUGUGGGCUUGCGCUCUCAGCCACUCGCUGGGUAAGAACGAGCUGGCCACCAUCAUUCCUCUGGUGGUCAAGAGCGUUCACUGCGCGACGGUGCUUUCGGACAUCCUUCGGCGCUGUACCAUGACGGCCCCCGGUCUGGCCGGUAUCCCCGGCAGGCGCAACUCGGGGAAGCUUAUGAGCACUGACAAAGCGCCGUUGAGACAGCUACUUGACGCCACCAUCAGCGCCUACAUCAACACCACCCACUCGCGACUUACACACAUCAGCCCGCGCCAUUACGGAGAGUUCAUUGAGUUCCUUAGUAAGGCACGCGAGACCUUCCUAUUGGCCCAAGAUGGCCACAUUCAGUUUGCCCAGUUUAUAGACAACCUCAAACAGAUCUAUAAGGGCAAAAAGAAACUCAUGAUGUUGGUACGGGAACGUUUCGGUUAAACGUCACGUGACAACAGAGGACUUGAUCAUCUUUCAUUCAUUCAUUCAUUCAUUUAUUUAAGGCAUUAUUUUAUUCUUUUUUUGGUGAAUUUCUACGUUUUAUUUGUUUUGAUCUGUCUUGUUUUUUAUAUCGUGAACAAUCCCUGUUCACUAAGUUAUUCUACCAGGUCGAACUUGUGGAGGGGAGAACAAGUGGUUAUAACGCUUUUUUGUUUCGUUUAAGCUUGUUCUUACUUUCGUUUAAUCAAACUGUUGUGAUAAAAUGUAAACGUGGCACAUAAAGAGAAACCAAAUGAUUACAAGGUGAAUUUUGUUAGGGGCUGGAACAUUCAAAACAAAUGGUCAUUCCUGAAACACUCACACACAGUGUUACCGUCAUACCUCGAUCGUAUUUUAAGGAUCAGCUUUAACUCUGCUUAAGAGUGAACCACGGAGGAGUGAAACGGCCGAGACUUGCAUCACUUCAAUGCUACAAAGACAAGCCCACGACUCGAGCGAGCCACACGACAUCGAGUUCCUCCAUAUUCUACCGUGUUUGCUCAUUUUCAUCUCCGUUUCAAAAUUCAAGGAGGAUGAAAAAUAAAUGAGGAUACCUGUGUGCUAAAUCCUUCCAGAAGUUCUCGAUAAGGUCACAUCCUGAACAAAGCAGAGAUGCCCGUCAGUGUCUAACAUUAUCAGCCAUACGUUUCUCUGUUACCUCUCAGUGAAAAAAUAAAAGACUUGUGAGAUUGAGUAGCAGUAAUAAUAUACAUACUAGCACUUCAUUCAAUUCCAUCCCCUUUCACGACACGUUCGGAUCAGCAAUUAUUAAUCCGUGUAUAAAAUAGCGCAAGACUAAAUGCUUUAUUGACAGACAAAUGACUUUAAUGGCAUUAAAAAAAAAACUGUACCAUAUCUUCCACAUUCCAUGACCUCCACCCUCCACAAGUGCCCCAGUGGAUCCGAACACUUAGAAUGCACUCUGCGGCUUCCAUCUGAAGGAAAAAAGAAGAGUAGGGAGUACACGUGAAAAGAGACGCUCGACUCCGUUCUCAGGGAAUCACUUAAAGAAACAAAACAGAAAAAAAGUAGUAGCAUAAGCAUUUAAGAUAUUGUAAAUAUGAAAGUGUCAAUUCAAAAAAUUGUAAAGUUAUAAUUAUUUAUGAUAAUUGUAUGUUUUUUUUUUUUUUUCGGAUACUUGAAUUUGUUGGGCUGGGAAUGUGACAACAGUAAGAGGAAAGACUUCAGAAACAUUUCUCAGGUGCUCCUGUGUACAUUUCUGAUUUACAGUUUUAUUUGUAACCUUUUAAAUACUUUUGUUUAUUUGCAAGAGGAAGCAUUCGGGGAGAUUGAAGAAAGGAGGGGACAAACGUUUAUGAACAGACUAUGCAGAACCACUUUACCAUUUGCCCUCGCCCUCCCGAUCUUCCUCCCUUUUUUUCUCUCUCUCUCUCUUUUUAGGGAUAUUCCUCGUUUGGCUGGGGGUUGGGGAAUUUGUAUCUGUAAGUAAUCUGCACGAGCUGCAAGUUUGGACUUUGCCUUUGAUCUACGUACAACUCUUUACUUUGAAGCCUUAUAGUGUUCUCUGAAAGCACUGCAUGUGUUUCAGGACAUUGUGUUGGCAAUGUCAAUGGAGUACAGCACAGAGAAAACGGACUUGCGUCUUUAAACGGCCCGAACGGGAUGCUACAGGAUGCAUCUGCUACUAUUCUCCUCUAUGGCAAUGUGGUCAACACCACGGCUUAGGGUUGUGAUAUCUUGCAUAUAGGGUCCAUCUGUUUGGAGUUUGUGACAUACCAUUGCCUAUUUUGAGAUUGGGAGAUGCUUCGUUAAUGGCUAAAUCUUGAUAUUUCGCAAGGUUGAUUACUUUUAUGGUUUCCAUUUUUGCUUUUGUAACUUUCACAGAGUUCGUCUGAAAACAUGUUAAUUGCCUCAACUGUGGAAUUCUCGAACCGCAAGGUGUUAAGGUGUCACAUUAUGCAGCCUUUGUUCCUCGGCCUGCUCAUUCAGUUAGCUCAUAAGACAGACCCCCCGGAGAAAGCUUGACAGUUUAGGGAUUUUUUAUUUUUUUUGAAUAAACACAACUGCAGAAUUAUAGCGCUGCCUGUUCCUUUAAGAAAUAUAUAUAUAUAUAAAAUUGAAAAAAAAGACGACGAAAAAACAAAAAGGAAAAAAAAGACAAGCAUUUUCUGUAGCUAACUAGUUGGUCCAAUGGCAUUGCAAAAAGAGAAUAACCUCCUCUGGCUUUUUAUUUCUCUCUUCCAUACUCUUAAGUGUCUGUAUGUGUUAACUGUACCAGUGUUUCGUUCUGUCCCUAGAGUUUAGAAGGAAAAAAUAAUAAUCGCUGGUAGAGAUUGUUCACUAGUUCAUCUACUGUUUGAUUUCGUUUCGUUUUUAUUUAAGGGAAAGUGUUUGUCGCCUCUUUGUGCUACUGAAUUAUAAAAAGGUAUCCAGUAUUUGUUGCCACAAAAGUAUAGUUCAUCAACACUUUUUGUUUGUGCAACCUCUUGAGCUAAUGUCUAUAAACAAAAAUUUAUUACUAUUUAUGUAAUGCUACUACCAUUUUAUAUGACUUGUGUUGAAUUUCAGUGCUUUUCUAUGAAUAAAGUGUGAAACACGU